UUGUCACUUCCUCCUAAAGUAGAGUAUACUACACCUCUUUCAAAAUCAGAGCUUGUUGCUACACUUGCAGGAGAAAGAACAGUCUUCAGAUUUCAGAAUUAGGCUCUGUGAGACUGUGAGAGAUUUUCAAAAAAAUUCCAACUUCGUUUUCAAAAUCAUAGCUUGCUGCUUGAGUUAGACUUGGAAGAGGAAAUAAAAGAAACCCAAAUCAUCCAAGCAGCACUGCAAAAAUGGGAUUUUCUUUUUCACCACUUACUUUUCUUAUCUCUCUCCUAGUUUUUGCUCUCCUGAACCCGAAAUGGGUUUGUGGGGACGCAGAGGUAGGAGCCCUUAUGGAUAUCAAAGCCGCUCUGGACCCAGAAAGCCAUUAUCUAUCCUCGUGGACUGUUAAUGGAAAACCAUGUGAUGGUUCGUUUGAAGGAGUGGGUUGUAAUGAGAAGGGUCAAGUAUCUAACAUUUCGUUGCAGGGAAAAGGUCUCUCUGGAAAGCUCUCACCUGCCAUUGCAGAGCUCAAGCAACUUACAGGACUUUACUUGCAUUAUAACACCUUGCAGGGAACUAUUCCCGGAGAAAUUGCCAACUUGACUAACCUCAGUGACUUGUAUUUGAAUGUGAAUAAUCUGUCAGGUGAAAUCCCUCCUGAGAUAGGCAAAAUGGAGAACCUGCAGGUUUUGCAGCUUUGCUAUAAUCAGUUGACAGGAAGCGUACCUACACAGCUCGGUGCAUUGAAGAAGCUUGUAGUUCUUGCUCUGCAGUCAAAUCAAUUAUCAGGUGCCAUCCCUGCAAGUUUAGGUGAUUUGGGAAUGCUAAUGAGGCUUGAUCUAAGCUCUAAUCACCUCUUAGGCUCACUUCCCUCUACACUAGCUGAUGCUCCUUCACUGCGAGUUCUAGAUGUUCGCAACAACACCCUCUCUGGAAAUGUACCUCCUGCUCUGAAGAGGCUAGAUGAUGGAUUUUUGUAUGAGCACAAUCUGGGAUUAUGUGGAGUUGGGUUUUCAUCCUUGAAAACCUGCAAUGCUUCAGAUCAUAGUAAUCCCGAGAGACCAAAUAAACCUUAUGGAGCAGGUUUUGGUGGUACAUCAGCGAAAGUUAUACCAGAAACUGCAAAUGUGCCACUUCGUUGCAAUGGAACUCAGUGCCAGAGUUCAUCGAAACCCAAACAAUCAGCAUCUAUCAUUGUUGGCAUAGUUGUGUUUGCAAUUGCAGUGCCAGCAAUUGGUGUUCUAACUUUCAUGCAAUAUCGUAGGCGUAAACAAAAGCUCGCAAACUCAUUUGAUAUCUCGGAUAAUGGUCUGAUCAUGAACCAAGAUAAGGUUAUGUACCAGAAAAAUGGAUCUCCUUUAGUCAGCCUUGAGUACUCUAAGGGCUGGGACCCUUUGGCUGAAAGCCGGAAUUUCAUGGGGGAUAGCCGUGAUGUGUUCCAUAGUUUCAGGUUCAACUUGGAAGAGGUUGAGACUGCUGCUCAGUAUUUCUCAGAGUUAAACUUGUUGGGUAAGAGUAUCUUCAGUGCAACAUACAAGGGAACUUUAAGAGAUGGAUCUGUUGUUGCCAUUAAAAGAAUCAGUAAAACAAGCUGUAAGAGUGACGAGUCUGAAUUUUUGAAAGGACUACACAUUUUGACCUCGCUGAGGAACGAGAACUUGGUGAGGUUGAGAGGAUUUUGUUGCUCAAGGGGGCGAGGCGAGUGCUUUCUAGUCUAUGAUUUUGUCCAUAACGGAAAUCUCUCGUGCUACCUCGAUGUGAAGGAAGGCGAAGAAGUCCUCGAAUGGUCAACUAGAGUUUCUAUUGUUAAAGGCAUAGCUAAAGGAAUAGCAUAUUUACAUGCAUAUAAACCAAAUAAGCCAGCCCUUGUUCACCAAAACAUCUCGGCUGAGAGAGUGCUCAUCGAUCAGCGAUUCAAUCCGAUGCUUUCAGAUUCUGGCCUUCACAAUCUUCUUACUGAUGACAUUGUCUUCUCAGCACUCAAGGCUAGCGCAGCAAAGGGAUAUCUAGCUCCUGAAUACACGACCACUGGCCGGUUCACAGAGAAAAGCGAUGUGUAUGCUUUUGGAGUGCUUCUUUUCCAGAUCCUCUCAGGGAAAAGGAAGAUCACUAGCUCGAUGCGCCUUGCUGCAGAAUCCUCCAGACUCCAAGCACUCAUUGACCCAAAUCUUCACGGCAGAUUCCUUGAAUAUGAGGCAGCAAAGCUUGCGAAAAUGGCCUUGGUUUGCUCCCAUGAGUCUCCUUUGGAGAGGCCAUUGAUGGAAGCUAUUGUUCAAGACCUUGGAAGUUUCAACAGUUGUCUCUGAUUUGAAUUGCUCAAUGUAAUGUAAGACCAUGAUUCCUUCAAAAUGUUUACUGUUCUUGAGGGUGUGACCUCUUGUAGGGCCUGGCAUUGCUCUAUGUCCUUAACUUAAGGACUGGAUUUUCUGGGAAUGGCUUGGACAGGCGCUGUUGUAAUUUAGAUUAGGGUUCUCAUGUGAAAUUUCUGUUCAUUAGUUAGCUGUUACAAUGUUGAAUGCAUUUGUUCCUUAAAAUUAUUUCCUUCCUAUCA